UAAGCCCGAUUAGAAGAACGGCAACUGCCCCUGAAGCUCUGCGCGCUCUUCCAUCGCGAAACGAGCCAAGAGAGAGAAUUUCGUCCUCAAGUACACAUCCGAACUCGCGCCAUUCCUUGCUCUGGAAGGGAGCUGGAGCACGCACGUCGCACUUACUUGGACAGAAAGGGAAAGGAAAGGGAGGGAGACUGGUCCGUACUGGCGACAGCCACAGGCGCAAGAAACAAAAGGAGAAGGAAAAGGACAUAUGCCAGAAUCGUUGAGUCAGUCGUCCGUCAGUCAGAGGCUUUCGGUCCAUGGAGGUCUCGAGAGACGAGACUGCUGCUGUGCAAGACCAGACGAGUGAGAAGCGUGUCGCAGCGUGAGCUCCCACCAUAGCCAGGGCCCGCGGGGUGCGGCUGGAGUUGCCUGGGCUGGACUCGGCUCGGCUCGGCUCUGCAAGGUUUGGUGUUGACGACACGAAGGGAAGUGGACCCAACGACAGUGCAGGACACUGGCCCGCACACCUUUCGCUCUUUUCUCUUUUGUGCGCUCUCGCAGUUUCGUUUGGUUCUCUAAGCGAGGUCCAUUCCCUUCGGGAGAAUUUUCGCUUGCCGAGAGCUGCGCUUUUCGUCAGCUCAGAAGCUGUAUAUAAUAGCGAAAUCGAUGGUGGGGGUUUUUCAUGGUAACAUUGGCGGUUCGAAAAGAAGCGAGGUGUGCCGCCACUAGUGCCCGCAUGCGGGUAGGUCUUCCUCGUGCGGAUCCGAUCAGAGGAAAGCGAUCAGCACCGAAACGUGGUUUAGGGGAAGCUGCAACGAGUGCUACUCAUGGCCGGUUCAGGGCACAGGAUUGCGAUUUGGGCCGCUCUCUGCCUCGCUUUGUGCAUCGCUGCUCCUACUGUCCGAGCUCAAGCACCGGUUUAUGGGAAGACUGUGAAAGUGGGAGAUUCCACUGGCUGGACGUACAUCAAUGCCUCGACCGGGCAGCCUGCUGAUUAUGAAGCAUGGGCUAAACAGCAAGUUUUCUUCGUCAAUGAUAUUCUAGAGUUCAACUACGAGCCCAACAAGCAGAAUCUCUACUCCUUUGACAGCUUUGAAGGAUGGACGUCUUGUAACCUGAGUGCGGCUCAACUGCUCGACAACGGAACCAAUGGCUUCUCUCAAUGGUACUUGCCAUUUGAAGGAUACUACGAUUUUGCCAGCGGUAUUUACUGCUCCAAAGGUCAGAAAUUCAGAAUCUACGCCGUCAACGCGUCCUCCAUUCCCUUCGAUUCACCUUCUAUAGAUGCGCCAUCACCCAACUCCGGGCCGUCACCGAACAUGGCUCCCGCACCUUCUUCGGGCGGGGAUCUUCCGCCGGACUCGCAGUUGCCUCCUUCCAUGACCGGGCCAACCGGCGCACGGGUGCCAAAUCCUGCUCCACCGUCGGCCUCUGCGCCAGCCACCUGGAAACAGACAUUGCUUCUCCUCUUUGUAGGUAUCGCAGCGUGUGUGGCCGCAGCUGUUGUACAAUAGAAGCCGACGUAUUCUUCUUCGAGGUUCUCUUUCCAGGGAUGAUUUACAAAGCAGGCUUCUCAUCCACCGAAGAUCAGAUUUACCACCAGAUUCAGAUUGUCGACCCGGGAGCCGCUGCUUUAAAUUUGAGUUCUCUCAGCUACAAGCCUCGGCGUGAGCAAUCGAUGAUGAAGGCCUGAACGCUGUCGAUGCAUUGUCUUGGAGAGACGGCGAGGAAUGCUCUUAAAUUAUUUAGUACGCCGAGACUGGAUUCGCAGCAGAUCAUCACCGCUCAUGUAGAUUUAAGCAUACAGAAGAAACCAUUGUUCCGCGUUCUCCAACCACUGCUAAUUAUGGUGCAAGGAAUCCAGCUGAGAGAGUUUGUAGACGACAAGAUUAUUACUUCUUUUAGGUGGACAAUGUGCGCUGGUAUCAUCAUUGAGAAUAUCAUCGGUGCAUUCAGGUUGGCGGACAGUUGGUUGAAGUAGACAGGACAGAUACUCUAGGGCAACACAGAAGCAUAAUUGUAAGCAGAACCUUUCCAUGUUCACAGCUGGGUUCGUUUGCACAAUGUUCCUUAUGUACACAUUAGUUCUUGCACGUCAAUUCAGAAUCCAAUGCCCACUUCUCAAUGCCUU